UGUAGUUUUGUUUCUCUUUCACAUACAAAGAGGGAGAAAGUAAUAGUUAAAGAUACUCUUCUCUAGAUCUGGCUAAUAGAUUUCCUGGGAUCCCUGCCUGGGCCUGCAACUAGGAGAUGGUGGAGUAUACUGUGUGUCUCCCUUUGAAAGGGUAGACUGAAAAUCUGAGUCUAAGCACUUUCACUCUUGCAGGGAUGGAUCCACAGAGUCUGCAUGGACUACCCGUUAUCAACAACUACCUGGUUGGGGCUCCAGCAGAUGUCACAGAAAGGACCUCACCUGUAGGGAUGCAUUUCCAAGACAGCAGAAGGAAAGUGGACUAUGUUUUAGCUUAUCACUAUCGAAAAUGUACCACACAUCCCAGUGGUGGUUCUCUAGGCCCCUUGCAGAGACCUGCUUCUUUGGCUAUUAUUUCUAAUGGGGAGACCGCCAAAAGUCAACCUGAGCAGCAGCUACAGCCACGUGGCCCGGGUGCACCUUCUCCAGAUGCUGAGGUUAUUGAUCUGGGGCCAUUGGAGGCUUUGGAGGAAGUGAAACGGCAGCAGAGGGAUGAGUUUGAACGCAACCUGGUAGAAGCUGGUCUUGAGAUAGAAAAGGAUGUGGAGAAUAAAAACCAAGGAUUGAGUUUUGUCCGGAUACAUGCACCAUGGAAUGUACUUAGCAGAGAAGCAGAGUUUCUUAAAAUAAAGAUGCCCACUAAAAAGACUUAUGAAAUAAAAGAAGAAGGGGGAAUUGUGAAGACAUUAUGUGAAAUAUGGCGCAAAUUUACUGAACCUUUGCAGCCCAAAGUGCCACAGCAAAAUGCGAACAGGAUGAAGAAUUUAUCUUAUCCUUUUUCCAGAGAAAAAAUCUAUUUGUACAAUCUUCAGAACAAAGACACGUUUUUUGACAAUGCUACCCGCAGUCGAAUAGUACACGAAAUUUUGAAGCGUACAUAUAGUACAAAAGCCAAAAACAGUAUGGGUAUUAACACAUUAAUAGCGAACAAUGUAUAUGAAACAGCCUAUUCCCUCCAUGAUGGUGAAUAUGAAAGUGAAAACAAAGAAAUGAAUGAAAGACAGUUGCUACAUCAAGAAUGGGCAAGAUACGGAGCAUUUUACAAGUUUCAGCCUAUUGACCUCAUAAGAAAGUAUUUUGGAGAAAAAAUUGGGAUGUAUUUUGCCUGGUUGGGCUUAUACACAGAGUUUCUUAUUCCAUCUUCUGUGGUUGGAAUCAUAGUGUUCCUGUAUGGAUGUUUAACCAUUGAAAAUGACAUUCCUAGCAAGGAGAUGUGUGACCAACAUAACACCUUCACCAUGUGCCCUCUCUGUGACAAGACAUGUAACUACUGGAACCUUAGUACUGCUUGUGGCACAGCACGUGCCAGCCACUUAUUUGACAACCCAGCCACCGUCUUUUUCUCCAUUUUCAUGGCACUUUGGGCCACCAUGUUCCUUGAAAACUGGAAGCGUUUGCAGAUGCGGCUGAGUUACUUCUGGGACCUAACCGGCUUGGAAGAGGAAGAAGAACAUCCCAGACCAGAAUAUGAAACCAAACUACUACAGAAGAAAUCCAAAACUGAAAAAAGCAAAAUAAUGAGUCAAGAUGAGGAUGAAAAAGAAAAACUAACCUGGAAAGACCGUACCCCUGGCUAUCUAGUGAACUUUGCAUCUAUCUUAUUUAUGAUUUCACUGACGUUUUCAUUAGUCUUUGGUGUGAUUGUGUACCGGAUAACUACAGCAGCAGCGCUAUCAAUGAGUACCAAUGAGUCAACCAAGUCAAAUGCUCGUGUGACAGUAACAGCAACUGCUGUCAUCAUUAACCUUGUUGUGAUACUUAUCCUAGAUGAGAUCUAUGGAGUGGUUGCUAAAUGGUUGACAGAAAUGGAGGUACCGAAAACAGAAAAAGCCUUUGAGGAGAGGUUAAUUUUGAAAGCUUUUCUGCUGAAAUUUGUGAACUCCUAUGCACCAAUUUUUUAUGUGGCUUUUUUUAAAGGAAGGUUUGUUGGCCGACCUGGUCAUUAUGUGUACGUGUUUGCUGGUUACCGAAUGGAAGAGUGUGCUCCCGGAGGCUGCUUGAUGGAGCUUUGCAUUCAGCUGAGCAUUAUAAUGCUGGGAAAGCAGCUGAUUCAAAACAAUAUCUUUGAAAUUGGAAUUCCUAAGUUAAAAAAACUAUUCCGGAAGCUGAAGGAUGAGAGACCGGAGACAAAGGAAAAUGAGUCUAAUCCUUCCAAGUCACCACAGCAAUGGGAGUUGGACUAUACCUUGGAACCUUUCACUGGGCUGACUCCAGAAUACAUGGAAAUGAUUAUACAGUUUGGCUUCGUCACACUCUUUGUUGCUUCCUUUCCUCUGGCCCCAGUGUUUGCCCUCCUCAACAAUGUCAUUGAAGUCCGGCUUGAUGCCAAAAAGUUUGUCACUGAGCUGAGAAGACCUGAUACAGUAAGAGCAAAAGAUAUAGGUAUUUGGUUUAACAUUUUGAGUGGCAUUGGAAAACUUUCAGUAAUAAUCAAUGCUUUUGUCAUAUCUGUCACUUCUGAUUUCAUUCCACGCCUUGUCUAUCAAUAUGCAUAUAGUCACAAUGGAACCAUGCAUGGCUUCGUCAAUCACACGCUCUCAUACUUCAAUGUCAGUCAUUUCAAGGCUGGGACCCAGCCAGAAAAAUCACCUUUUGAACAGGAUGUUUCCUUUUGCAGGUUCAAGGAUUACAGAGAACCGCCAUGGUCCGAAAACCAGUAUGAAUUUUCUAAACAAUACUGGUCUGUUUUAUCUGCCCGUUUGGCCUUUGUCAUUAUUUUUCAGAACCUGGUAAUGUUCCUCAGUGUGCUCGUUGACUGGAUGAUCCCAGACAUCCCCAAGGACAUCAGCGAGCAGAUCAAGAAAGAGAAGAGUGUGCUGGUCGAUUUCUUCUUGAAAGAAGAGCAUGAGAAACUGAAGCUAAUAGAAAACUUUAUAAUGCGAGACAAGCAAAGGAGCAAGAGUGAGACCAGAGGAAGAAGAAAUCGAGCCGCAACUUUCUGCCAAUUCAGCCGAAGUCAACGAGGCAGCUUAGCAUCCUUUAGUUCAAUGCGCACUGAUGUAUGAUUCCUUAAGGGCAUAACGACGCCACAGACCUAUACUGGUUUAAUAUCCCCUCUCUCUGUACCCAAGAAACCCUGGGAAGUAUGAAAGAGGCUUGGGAUCUGUAGCUGAAGAUACUUAUUACUAUAACCCUGCUACAGUUUCCAGGAUUUGUUUAGAGAGGAAACCAUGACAAUUAACAUAGCAAAGCCAAUAUAGGUUUGUAGUACAAGACAUAAUGGCCAGUAUGAAGCAUAUGCAAUAAUUGUGUGCCUAUGGUGUAAUGGAAGGGGGGGAGGAGAUUAGAGCGGAUAUUGACUUGGUUAAGGAGAUUAUACUGAUUUUCAGAAGCUUCAACUUUGUUUUUCCACACUUUUGUUUAGUUGUCAAACCUGAAAACACUCAGCAUGUUUAUGUUACAAACUUUUAUAAUUGUAUACCAAUUUAUCUGUCCCUUGCCCACCCUCUGCUCCCCCAAAUUCUGAAAAUUAUAGUUAGGUGAGUGUGCUGAUAAUUCUCACCUAUACAUUCCUAGCCUCCCUCACAGAAUUUAUUUAGUAACAGCACAAUCCUGUACUUAUCCGCUUAGAAGUGAAUCCCAUUUAGUUUAGUGGGGCUUACCCCAGACCCCAGGGUAUGGGAUUGCAGCUGAAAUGUACUUAAAGACAAAGAGGGAUUACAGUAUACACACCUGUCGAGUGAGAUUAAUGUUUUGCUUAGAGCCUGAUUUUCCCCUCUUGGGGUUACAAGUCCAACAUUACAUUUUGUAUCAAUUUCCACAUACAGAAAUAAUGUGCCUAGCAUCAUUCAUGAAGCGUAUCCACAAGAGUAGAUUAUACUUUGCCACCUUCCAACCUAGGCAACCUACUUAUACUUUAAACAGUACCAAUGUUGUGUUCAUUCCUUGUCCCAUUACUCAACCAUCUUGUGAAGUAAAUGAUGCUGAACAGCAGAUGGGGGGAAAGGAACCAAAGAUGUAACAGGUGGUGCAGCAGUGGCAAACUGUCCUUCUGGAUCGGCGCCAUUAGAAGUAUAGGUAGGUUGUGUAGGUUGUAAGUAGCAACUCUUUCUAUCUUUCCUACCCUUGUCUUUCCCCCCUCCCCCCAUUAUUUCCCCCCAUUGUCAGCAACCUUAAUCACAUUUAAAUCAAUGGACUAAAGUGCAUUUUUAUCUGUGCUGAGAAAGGGAAGGAACCCCCACUAUGACCAAAAUGCUUUUCGAAACAAAAAUCACAAAUGUUUUCAUUAGCCUCGAAGCAAAAAGAAUUGCAGUCAAAUUGGUUUCUCUGGGCAAGUAGUUCCACAUCUAGGGUGCCACAUUUGCAGUGAGGAGAAGUGCAUAUGAAAAAUACAUUGUGUGAGAAGGGGGGUCAGUAUGUGAGAAUUAGA